AUGGGGGACGAAGACCGGGUACCCACGUCCCCAAUAAAGCCGCGUCCCAGGCCCAGCGAGCAGUGGUUCUUCAGCGCGUGCCGAGAAUUGGGCGGCGGGAGGGGUCCGGAGCGCGGGAGAGCCCCCACCCCCCGCCCCGGCUCCUCAACACAAACUUUCCGUCCCGCUCGCUCCCUCCUCCGCGCCCGGCGCCUCCCGCUCCGGCCCGGCUCAUUCCGCACAUUCCGGCCAGCCCCCUCCCCAAGACCCCCCUUCCCCGGCCCCCCUCUCAGCUUUUUCGGGCCCGGCGGAGCGGCCCGGCCGGAGCGCCCCCCCGAGCUCGGACCAGGCUCCGGCUGCCCAGCGGGCUCAGGCCCAGAGCCCAGAGCAACCAGCACAAUAGCGUCCAACAGCUGGAAUGCCAGCAGCAGCCCCGGGGAGGCCCGGGAGGAUGGGCCCGAGGGCCUGGACAAGGGGCUGGACAACGACGCGGAGGGUGUGUGGAGCCCCGACAUCGAGCAGAGCUUCCAGGAGGCCCUGGCCAUCUACCCGCCCUGCGGCCGCCGCAAGAUCAUCCUGUCAGACGAGGGCAAGAUGUACGGUCGAAAUGAGUUGAUUGCGCGCUACAUCAAACUGAGGACGGGGAAGACGCGGACGAGAAAACAGGUCUCUAGCCACUUGCAGGUUCUAGCAAGGCGGAAAUCUCGAGAGAUUCAGUCCAAGCUGAAGGCCAUGAAUCUGGACCAGGUCUCCAAGGACAAAGCCCUCCAGAGCAUGGCAUCCAUGUCAUCCGCCCAGAUUGUCUCCGCCAGCGUCCUACAGAACAAGUUCAGCCCACCCUCCCCUCUGCCCCAGGCCGUCUUCUCCACUUCCUCACGGUUCUGGAGCAGCCCCCCUCUCCUGGGACAGCAGCCUGGACCCUCUCAGGACAUCAAGCCCUUUGCACAACCAGCCUACCCCAUCCAGCCGCCCCUGCCGCCAACGCUCAGCAGUUACGAGCCCCUGACCCUGCUCCCCCCAGCUGCUGCCUCUGUGCCCGUGUGGCAGGACCGCACCAUCGCUUCCUCCCGGCUGCGGCUCCUCGAGUAUUCUGCCUUCAUGGAGGUGCAGCGAGACCCCGACACGUACAGCAAACACCUAUUUGUGCACAUCGGCCAGACGAACCCUGCCUUUUCGGACCCGCCUCUGGAGGCCGUCGACGUGCGUCAGAUCUAUGACAAGUUCCCAGAGAAAAAAGGGGGACUGAAGGAACUCUAUGAGAAGGGGCCCCCUAAUGCCUUCUUCCUUGUCAAGUUCUGGGCCGACCUCAACAGCACCAUCCAGGAGGGCCCAGGAGCCUUCUACGGGGUCAGCUCCCAGUAUAGCUCGGCCGAUAGCAUGACCAUCAGCGUCUCCACCAAGGUGUGCUCCUUUGGCAAGCAAGUGGUGGAGAAGGUGGAGACGGAGUAUGCCAGGCUGGAGAACGGGCGCUUCGUGUACCGCAUCCACCGCUCCCCCAUGUGCGAGUACAUGAUCAAUUUCAUCCACAAGCUGAAGCACCUGCCGGAGAAGUACAUGAUGAACAGCGUCCUGGAGAACUUCACCAUCCUGCAGGUGGUCACGAGCCGGGACUCCCAGGAGACCCUGCUUGUCAUUGCUUUCGUCUUCGAAGUCUCCACCAGCGAGCACGGGGCCCAGCACCAUGUCUACAAACUCGUCAAAGACUAGGCUACCCUCUGCCCCCACCACCAGGAUCCAGGACGAGCGUCUGUUCCACACACCUGCCUGGCCCCCCCUGGAAGUCUGGGAUUGAGGACUCACCCGCCUGCCAGGCCUCAGGCCCAGGACCCAGGAGGCCUCCCCACCUACCCCCAGCACACACACUCCCUGCCACUGUUCUGCGCUUUAAUUGUGGGAGAAGAGAGGAGGGCUCGGUGGUGGGGCUGCCCGCCCUAGAUGCUGAACCAUCGCCCAGCUCUGCCCAGCCUCCGGUGAAUGGGAGGACCCCUUUGGGCUCAGGCACGUGUGGCCGGCAGGGGAGGGUGGAACGGAGACCGAGGGAGUCAGAGUGCAGAGGCCCCAGGAAGGAGAGUGUCGAGUUGGAGUUAGGUUGAGAAGAGAGAGGGGCCCACACUUUCUUGCACCUGCUAUGUGCCGGGCCCGGUGCUAGGUCCUAUGUGUACCCAGUGCCGUUCUCAGACUGCGUGAGGCGAGCAUGGGUCGUGGGUCUUGGCGUCUCAUGAUGUGCUGAGACUUGAAGUUGAGCGACCCUUGCAGGGUGGGGCAGAGUUGGAAUUCUCAUCCAGGGCUGCCUGUCCCCAGAGCCCAGGUUUACACUACCUCCCUGGAGGGGAUGGGAAAGAGGGUCUGUAUUAGGGGCUGGGGCCAUCCACGUUGGGAGCCUCCUCCCAGGGGAGCAGCUGCUUCUGACCAGGCAGGAAGAGAGGAGCAGCAGGUACUUGGCACCUGUUAGGUGCCCUCUGUCAGCCCCUGUGCUGACCUCCUCCAACCUGCCCUGGCCCAGAUCCAGUGCCUGAGCCCGUCAGCAGCUUCCUGAUGGGAGAAGGCCCCCAGGGGCAGACUCCAAAAUAGCUUGGAGCGUCCUGUAGAAAGAUGGAGCCCCAGCCUCAGGGCAGACCAGUGUUCCAGGGACAAGGGGUAGCAGAAAGGCUUUGCUAUUUUUUAAUGCCCAAGACUUGGGUUUGGUCAACCCUUGGUGGGCGCCACUCCCUUAUGUUUUUCUCCAUCUCAGUCUCCCAGGACUGGGACAGCAGCUUCCCAGAAUCAGUUCUGGGACUGAAGGUUAACCCUUCCCCUGCUGGCCCUUCCCAACACCCAGGCCCCUCUGCCAGCUUGGCCUGUCUACCAGCCACCUCUGGGCAUUCACGAGUUUCAUAUGAAGUACUGUGCCCCUUCCCUUCCUUACACCACCCGCCCCUGAGCUUCCUGAAGGUCCUCACAAUUUGCAUAUCGCUCAGGCCACUUCCAAACCCAACCUAGGUUUUAUAAUGUAUAUUAUAUUUUUUGUGUAUUUUUUAAAUCCAGCUGUGAUGGGUUAUAUCAUAAACGUGGCGUGGGGCUGGGGCAGGGGCCCUCAAGGCCCAGCUCCUGCUCCAAAAAAAAAAAAAAAAAAAAUUAAAGUUAUUUGUGGGUUAGUUGUGUGACCAGUGUAUGCCAGACCUCUCUGGGUUGGAUUAGCUUCCAAUGGGUGCUUCUGCUAGGUUAGCUCCUGUUGGGUCCCCCCACCCUACUCCAUCUCUGCUGGAGGGCCCCCAAGCCAUACUUGCACUCAAGGUCCCAUGAAAGUUUUACAGACUCCCAUUCUCCCACCCACUCCUGCCAUGAGUGGAGUGCUGAAAUGUGCCCAGUGCUGGCCUAGGUUCUACUGCUGCAUUCUCUCUUUGAAGUGACCUGCCCAAGGUCACACAACUACUGAGGCCCCCUGCUAAAUCCCCAGUCUUCGUGGUGGCUACUGCUGGUUCUCUAUCCUGCCCUCACUUUACACCAGAGAAGAACCUCAACGGGGAAGAGUGCUUUCCCAAGUGGAUGGCUGCUAGCAGGGGAAGCCAGAUUCCAACCUGUUCUCUGCCUGGAAAAGCCCUGCUCUCCCCUCUGAACCAUCUUGUGCUCAUACAGCAGAGACCACAGAGUGGGGAGGGUGAGGAGACAGUAUCUUCAAUGGAUAUGCAUUGUUUAUCUGAAAUUCAAAUUUAAAUAAGCAUCCUGUAUUUUCAUUUGCUCAAUCGGGUAACCCUACUCUAGAAUCUAGUUUUCUAGAUCAUUCUGGUCCAACCUCCAGAUUUGCGGAUGGGGAAACACUGAAGUUAAAUGCUGUCUUCACUCAGCCAGUGGCAACACCAAGAUUUGGAUCUGGUCGGCCUGACUCCAAGACCAUGCACCUGGUAGACUAAUCUGGUAGCUUUUUGUCUCAGUCCACAGCAUUGGAUGGCCGCCAGACUCACUUGCAAGAUGGGGAGGGUGCCUGGAGCCCCAGCCAGGUGGUUGUGGCUCCUGGAGUCAGGACUCGGUUUAUGAAGCACCCACUACGUGCCUAGUCUAGGACUGGAUCCAAAAUCUGAUCUCUGGGCUUAACAGGUAAUUCUAUCUAUUGGAUGCUUGAGGCUUCAUCACGUGUGUUGCUGCCUUCUCUCUCCCGGAGUAAACAGCAGUAAACAGCCUUCAAGUGAUUUAGAAUCAUGUAAAUCUCCUGCGGAAAAUCCAAGUGCAAUAUGGCUGGCCUCCUUGCCUGUCCUCCCCACCUUCUUGCCCCACAUCUCCCUACUUCCUUGCCCCCACAUGCAAAUGUAACAGAUCCAGAGGUGGGUGAUGUCUAGUUUCAAGGUCCCAAAGUAAGGCGAGGAUCAGAAUAAGGGGAGUCUUGUGAGGCUGGAGCCCAGGACUCUCCUGAAGUGGCUCUUACCUGCUCAGAGUUCUGUGGGAAGCUUUAAAGGGCCAAGAUGGCUGGAUCCCAGAGACCAGAGCUAAAGUUCUGCCUUUCCUGCCCAUUUCUGUUCUGAUGUCAUCUUGUCAAUUCUAAGGUCAAGGCCUAGGUGCUACUCUGAGAUUUCUUAGGGGCUCUUUAUUUCCCUGUAGUGCUAAUGCUGGAGAACUGGGGCUCCCCAGAUAGCUGAACCCUGAAUUCUCAGGUGCACACAAGCUUUCGACAGAUCAUCCCAGAGGCUGGAAUUUGAUGAAAAUAGCUCAACCUUCUUUCACAAUGGAAUCUGCCUCCAUGCCCAUUUGCUUUCUCUUCUGCUACCUACUCUUUAUUGUGCUGCUGUGGGCUUCUUGAGAGCAGGCACCAUGGCUCUAAACAGGUUCCCCACUGCCCAGUAGUGGGUCAGCAUUUUAGUAUAGUUGGUAAGAAUUCCUACCCCAAUAACAUUAAGGCUUAAUAAAUAAAAUGGGUUUGAUUUAAAUCCAGGUGAUUCAAAUCAAUCCAGUAAGACUCAAGUCCCUAAGUAUUUCUAAAACACCCACUUAACCUUUCCCUGGAGUUCCCAAACUUACAAAAAAAAUUUUUAAUCCUUGGCUCAUUUCAAACAGGAAGGUGUGUCUAAUUCUAAAGCCAUCCUGGUCUUUCUCCCCAUUCACCAGCAUCUAAAUUCAACUGAACCAGACCAACAGACUUUACAUACUAUGACCAAACACUACGUAGGUAGCUACCUGUGAUUACUAUUUAGCAACUGUUUUAGUAACACUUCCUGGAGAUUGCCUUCUGAUUGUAGGAUACACAGGAUCAUGCAUGAGAAACUGCUUCUAAAAAACCCUUGGCUCCACGGGCAUUGCUCAGUACUGCACCACUGCUGGCAGGAACAAAAGGUCUCUCUGGUCUUAGGCUCUGGGGUGGUUUGCAGGUUCUGAGAGGCUUUGCCCACUAGGGCCCUUGGGACUUGGCGCUAGAGAUGCAGCUGGGACCCAUCACAGCAAACUCCAGGGAGGACUUCGGCUUUAUGCUUCUGCCUCAUGGCUCUGCCUUUUUUGGUUGUAUUCAGUGCCUAAUAAGCAGCAGUGCGAGAGGCCAGGCGUUAAGAUAUUUGCCUUUUUCUUUCUCAUUACAAACAUGACAGAACUCCAGGAAAUCCCAGGUAAUCAUUUUACUCCCAGAGUUAAACAUGGCCAACAUUCUGUUAGGUCAACUUCCAAUCACCUUUACUAUGCAUAAACUAGGACCCCAAAUUCCGGGCUUAUCACAAGAUACGACUGCAGCUUUUUCACCAGUAAGCAAAGUUACUAACAGUUACUAACUUAAAAGCUAAAACAA